CUGUCCAUGUACUUUUUGGGACUACUGUAUGUCCAUGUCUCCAUGUGUCUUGUCCAAUUCAGCAAGUAGAUGGCGUCUUCCCAUAUGAACUCCAGCAGCAGCACCAUCUCUCCUAAAGAUAGCUGAGUCACAUCGCCACAUACUCUCACAGAGAACACUUCCCAGGCUGUAUUUCGAGGGCUCUCACGCUCGAACACAAUGCUGACGAUCACGCUGAAGACCCUUCAGCAGCAGACGUUUAAAGUGCAGAUAGAUGAGGAGUUAACGGUAAAGGCUCUAAAAGAGAAGAUCGAGGAGGAGAAGGGGAAAGAUGCUUUUCCAGCUGUCGGACAAAAACUUAUCUAUGCAGGUAAAAUCUUGAAUGAUGAUAUACCUCUAAAAGAAUACAAAAUAGAUGAGAAGAACUUUGUUGUGGUGAUGGCUACAAAGCCCAAAUCUGCUGAUCCCCCACCAGCCUCGGCCCCCCCGUCAGCGGCUCCAGCUCCAGUUAUGGCACCCCUCCCCGAUACCCCCGUCCAUACACCCUCAGCUCCCGCAGAGCCACCGGCAACUCCCUCAGUGUCUGUAUCAACCCCUGCUCCUGCCCCUGUGGAGCCAGCGCCAUCAGUAGAGUCAACCGCGGCACCUGUUACAGCGCCCCCUGCAGCCUCGAAUGUUGGAGCAGAAUCAACCGAGUCAGUAAGCGCGACUCCAGCACCAGACUCAGAGGAGGGGGACCCGGCAGCUCAACAGGAGCAAGCCAUCGCCCAAUCAGAGGCCAGCGUCAUGGAUGAAUUGGGUCUUUUAGAAGCAGCCGCAUCAAUACUAGUUACAGGUCAGGCGUAUGAGAAUUUAGUGACAGAAAUCAUGUUGAUGGGUUAUGAGAGAGAACAGGUGAUCGCCGCCCUGCGGGCAAGUUACAACAAUCCGGACAGGGCAGUGGAAUACCUGCUAAUGGGUAUUCCCACAGAACCCGAGCAGCCUCUUCAGGAGGUAGUGCGGCCCACCCCUGUGUCGAACCCCAACCCCCCUGCACCACAGCAACCUCAGGUGCCACCUGCCUCUGUAGCUGGUGCAGAAUCUGGAGUUGCACAGGCGACAGGAAACCCUCUGGAGUUCCUCAGGACCCAGCCGCAGUUCCAGCAAAUGCGACAGAUCAUCCAGCAGAACCCGGCGCUACUGCCUGCACUGCUGCAGCAACUGGGCCGAGACAACCCGCAACUCCUGCAGCAAAUCACGCAACACCAAGAACGGUUCGUGCAAAUGUUGAACGAGCCACAAGCAGGGGAGCCUGGAGACGGAGCUGCGGAGGUCCAGGCCGCGCCCCCGACAAACUACAUCCAUGUCACGCCACAGGAGAAGGAAGCAAUCGAGAGGUUAAAAGCCCUGGGAUUUCCAGAGGGACUCGUCAUCCAAGCGUACUUCGCCUGCGAGAAAAAUGAAAACCUUGCUGCGAACUUCCUACUUCAGCAGAACUUUGACGAUGAGUGAAUUUUACUGUGGGACACGACAACGCUUGGAGGCAACCGAGAGAAUUCAAGUGCUAGGCCGCAUGUUGCGUGUUUGUGCUUGAAUGUGUGUGUUACGAAAAAUCGAAAAGUUGACUGGUCUUCCAUGGUGAUUAUCAUGGAGUUAAAAAUGAAGCCAUGAUGUGAUGUUUAAAUCGGAGCACAGCUUAUUAUUAUAAUUUUUUUGAUGAUAGAUAUAAAUGAUCCUCGAUAAUGAGGUUUCUGUUGUCUGUCUGGUUUCAGCUGCUAUCACUACUGUGUGUGUUGAGCGAGUUUUCGUUUAUCACAGUUAAAACCCUGCCAAAAAACCUCUGAAGGUAAUUUAUAAUUACUCAGUUAGUUCUACACAUCCCUUACGCAUUUGUUUAUUAAAUAUUUUUAGCCAAUCUGCUGACACUUAUACCUGCCGAUACAAGUUUAGUACACUCAACUCCAUUUAAUCACUGCAUGGGUAUUUUGGUAUUCUUUUUAUUUUAUUUUAUCCCCUUUCUCUCCCAAUUUGGAAUACCCAAUUCCCACUAUUUAGUAGGUCCUCGUGGUGGCGCGGUUACUCACCUCAAUCCGGGUGGCGGAGGACAAGUCUCAGUUGCCUCCGCUUCUGAGACCGUCAAUCCGUGCAUCUUAUCACGUGACUCGUUGUGCAUGACACCGCGGAGACUCACAGCAUGUGGAGGCUCAUGCUACUCUCCGCAAUCCACGCACAACUUACCACACGCCCCAUUGAGAGCGAGAACCACUAAUCGCAACCACGAGGAGGUUACCCCAUGUGACUCUACCCUCCCUAGCAACAGGGCCAAUUUGGUUGCUUAGGAGACCUGACUGGAGUCACUCAUCACACCCUGGAUUCAAACUCGUGACUCCAGGAGUGUCUAGGCCCCUUGGUAUGUUGAUAUUCUUAAAUUAACCCAUGUUAAAAAUAAUAAUAAUAAAAUCAAUAAAAAAACAGAAAAGUAAAAGCUUGUAGAUUAUGUCUACAUUCCAAAAAAGUUCUUGAUACAAGACGGAAAGGACAGAUUUUCGAGGAAUGUUAGUUUUGUGACAAUCCAGUUGACUACUUACAGUAAUUAGAUUUUAUUUCAAAUUUUCUUUUAAAUCUAUUUUCCCUUCUGUUAUUUCUAUUUGUAAAGUACUUGUUCUCUUUAAGACAGCAUAGUGAGUGAAAACUAGUUCAGUAUGCAUUAGUACCUGAAUUAACAGUGAUUUUGAACAGAGCCCGAAAUGCUGCAACAGUCGUAGGUAUUUUAUUUAGUGAGGCAACAGAAUGUGGUUUAGUGUGUCAGUAUCUUUAAACCCUCAUAAUAUAUGCAUUAACUUAAAACAUAAAUAUAUUCAAGUAAAGGAGAAUAGUGUUAAAGGAAUAUUCCGGGUUCAAUACAAGCUCACUCGACAGCAUUUGUGGCAUAAAGUUUUGUUUCAACCUCUUUUUCUUUUGAAAAAAAGCAGUGAAACACAUACAGUGGAGGUGAAUGGGGCCAAUCCGUAAUGUUAACGUUUCAAAAGUAUAGCCACAAGACCUAAAUAUGCAUGUAAACAUGAUUAAGUGUGAUAAAAUCGCUUACAAACCUUUUCCGUGUAAAGUUAUAUCCAAUUUUACAACUUGAAUAAUUAACGUAAGUGCUUUUAUAAAAUUAUAAUCUUCAAAUUUCUGCCUUUAAACUCUCCAAAAAUCGGCCCCAUUCACUGCCAUUGUAAGUGUCUCACUGUAACGUCAAGGGACGAGUCGAAAUACAUUUUUGUGUUAACAUUAUGCCACAAAUGCUGAUCUUAACUUGUAUUGAACCCAGAAUAUUCCUUUAAGAUAGUGCCAAACUUCGACAAAAUGAGAUUCAAGAGAUGGACACAAUUACAGAUAGUUAGCUAGCUGCAAACAUCAUAGUGCAAUUCUUAAGAUGGAUGCAGAAUACAUAAAUAUUUUUUAAAUUUGAAAUUGUGUGUACUGGUUUUUGCGCCCAUUUCUUUAAGGUAGAAUACAGUGUGUUCUGAAGGCUACAGGAAAGACACGUGUCCUGUUUACACUACCAGAUGCAGUUUUAAUUUCUUUGUCAGUGUUUUAAAUUAUUUUGCAUCUGUGGAGAAAUUGAUGUGUGAUGAAUAAAUUCAAAAUGCAUCUGCAGAAAAGAGUUUGUUGAGUGGUUUAUGAAUGUAUUGUUUCAGUGGUGUGUGAAAUAAAUUGCAUUUACAAAGCUUCUUUAAAGUC